AGGCAGAAACGCGAGAUUGAACGAAAAUAUCGUGGUGACUCGAAUGGUCGUUUCUUCCUCUCUGCAGUUCUCCAACAGCGAAAUUGUCGAAAAUGCUGUUGAGACGUGCAGCUCCGAUAUUUACCUACGGAAAAUUGUUGCAGGACAAUCUACCGGUGUUGGUCGCUGCUGUUAAUUGCCCCAACAACUCUGCGCAAGUACGCUACAUAAGGAAGCACUGGGAUCCAAGAUGGAAGAAGGAAAGGAGGCAAAAAGUUAUUAAAGUAGAGCUCCCAAAGUUUGACAAGGAGGAAGACGAUCCUACCAAUAUGACCAAGGAACAGAUACGAUCGCGUAUGAAAGAGCAUGGUUUCCUGCCGCAGAAACCUUGGCAGGAGAGACCGGCGUACAUCAGCAAUACUUCGACAAUUUUCGAGUCUUACGUUGCUCCAGAGGGAGACGGAAAGUUUUCUGUCAUCACCAAGGAGGGAGUGAAGCAAAAGUAUACGUUUAUGGAGAAGAAGGGCAAAUCUUUAAUGGCCCUCAGAAAAAUCAAGUCGUUUGACGACACGUUCAAGACAUCAUUUUUUCUGGAGGAGGCCUUGGAGAUCUAUCAGAAGGCACACGAAGCUCUGGCCGCCAAGAACAGACAGGAGCUAUUAAAAUAUGUUACAGAACUGGUCUAUCCUAAAAUAACACACAACAUGAUGAACAAAACCGUACAUUGGAAGUUCCUAGAGUCUUUAGAGCCGGCCCGUCUCGUGCACGCAAGGACUACGUCUGUACUAACAAAAGAAAACGUUUUCGCACAACUCACUGUCCGGUUCCACACGCAGCAGAUUUUAGCAAUUUACGAUAGGUUUGGCCGUCUCAUACAAGGCAGCGAAAUUCUGCGGAAAGACGUAUUAGAAUACAUAGUAUUCGAGAAGCAUUUAGCUAACGAGUAUGGCGAAUGGCGAAUUCAUGCUAAGAUUAUACCAUCCUGGAUGACAUCGACGGACGUAGCGGAAGGCACAUAUGUUCUUCCGAAAAAGGAACCCGAGCCAACCGAACCGCAUCCCGUAGAAGCUACGCUAACGGAAGUCACGCCAAAGGACACACCGAAGGAUGUGACGAGCGCACAACCUUCGUGAAUCCACAAUGUAUAUAAAGAAGAUUCCACAGUUCACCGCAGAGUCCUGUGAUUUUCGUAUCUUCAUCGUAAAAUUCGAGAAAAGGCGGUUCCUACAAUACAUAAUAAAAUUAUCACUUAGGCUUCGCUGUUAGUUUAUACUAGUUUGUAAUUAUCAAAUAAAUUAUUAAAUUGUAAGAAUAGUAAA